AUGGCAGCCCGUCAACCACAAAGGCCUACAGACAUUCAACGAAGCAUCGAAGACGCAGAGGAUUUUCGGCUUAAAGAACUAUCCCAAUAUCCCUCCGGGUUGAGCAUUUACGAGGUUGGAACCUACAACUCCGCCUCCAAAAUCGAGUUGAAGCAGUUUUUAGCUCUCCAUGCCAUUUGGAUCGAUGUUCGCAGAGAGGAUUUUGAUCCAGAGGUUUGGGGAAUUAAGGACGAAACCUUUUUAAAAGAGAUCCUCCCGGCAAAGGAACUGCUCCCUGUUCCCAACCUGGGAAGUUGGAGUUUUGUUUGGUAUUAUAUCCAGGUAGUUCUAAACUUGCAACAGAACGUUGACGAGGAGGACGAACCGAAACUUGCUUUUUCCCCAAUCGCCGGCAGGACAAGGGGGAAGCUGCAGGAGAAAAGAGACCGCGAACUACGUGCCCUUUAUGCACAAUCGCCCUGCCCACCCGGCCGUGGUGAACUAGGACCACCGUCAGACCCGGAUACCAGCAUGCAGGAAUCAUCCUUUGACGACGAGCUGUUGACUAUGUCUAUCGAGCCCGCGGGGUCGAAUCCAGGAGAUACAGAGACAGAUUCAGACACGGAUCCAAACUAUGAAGAGUUACCCAAAUUCAACCGUCUCGGUGACGAACAAAUCGUGAAUACGGCCUUGAUCGGUUUGCUAAACGUCCUGACCUUUUCGGUCCCUGGCAUUCAGGCGCAUUGGUCUCUUCAACGCAAAGCAUUCAAAUUCGGAGAAGGCGACACUACGUUAUACGAGGCCCGAACCGACGGUCAUUUAUUCACUGGCGCGGAGCCUCUCGCCUCCAAAAUCAUUGUGGAGGUGAAGAGGAAACCUCGUGCCUGGAUUCCAGAAGUUUCCAUGCAAGAGACCGCUCAGAUGGUGGCUUGGAUAUUCACGGAGCCAGACGAGCACCAACAAUUUCGAAUUGGUCCUGAGACUGUUUACAGGCGCUUUCUGAUCUCUCAGGAUCGAGACGAAAUCUACUUGAUCGUCGCCGAGUACGACUCGGAAUAUAUUCGUUACUUACGCGAACCCAGCUACACCUCGAACCCACCUUUCAUGAAAAUGUUUCUCUGUGGACCUUGGAGAGUGUGGAAACAGUCCCAUAUCAGAGAGCUUGGGCCAAUCCUGCUUGCGAUGACGACCCAACUCGGAUGUUAAGGCUUGCAGAUAAGUUGCUACUCCCGUGCGUUCCCCGUAGAAAUAGCCCCUGAACGACGGACAGGAUAGGAAGUACUUGCAACGGGGCUCGAUUGUUUCUGCUACUUAUUCCGUACUUACUCCAAGUCUUUGCACCUAAUAAGAGACACUGUUAAGGGCUAGCUGUUGAACAGAUAGUACGGAGCAGCUGCUGGGUCGUUUUGUUCCUUUCAUGGUUACUAAUUUAUUCAUGCUUUGUUUGUUUUCUUAG